ACAUCUAAUCUUGAUUAAUAAUUGUUUCUUAUACGAUGCCACGUCGGUCGAAAGUCGAACUUUAUACUCCCACGAAGGGCCAGAAGAAACGCAGAAGGAAUUCCGAGUGUUUUGACAGGGCGCUGCCUGUAGAAGUUCCAUUGCAAGCAGACACCCAGGAACUGCAUUCGUCCUGUGCCCCGUUUUCAGAAACGUGGCCCGACAUUUUAUGCCUUGAAGGUGGUGUAGUGUUACAUUUUGGCAUAAAAUCCGACGCUGAGCUUAUGCCACCUCCAAAAUCAUGUUUUGUCCCGAAGGCCCGACGUAAAAUGAAUGCUGUACAGUCGCACGAUGAAAUAAUCGAAAAGCCAGUUGUGAAAACGCACCUAAAAGAUUUUACGCCAGAACGUUUGGUAUCAAUCCCGCCCCGACCCAAAAAUGAGGCUGCAAUUGAGGAGUGGCUGCAGCUAUGCAGUGUGACCAUUUCCGACCAACUGCUACUUCUAGUAAUUAAGGAGAGUGCCAAGCCCGUUGAAUUUGAAGACGAGGUACCCAAGGAGCACAUGAAGCCCCAAAGUUCUGGAAAGUAUGGGAUCGUAGUGGGUGCCGCGAAAAGCCCUUGGCAUGUUAGAUACCUACUUCGCAACGGAGACUUGGAGAAGAGUAUCGAUCAUUAUGUGUGGAAGUACAAGGAUCCCGAGGCCGAACGACUUCUUUCCCAGUGGAGUGAGCUAUAUGGCUCCGAGUCGGCGCAUGAGUUGAAUAGAACGUUGGUGCUUGCGCCCUUGCCAGUUCGUCAGAGGCAGAGCCUCCAGAAGUCAUGGAUUCUAGGACGUCCCGCUGAACGCCAAGGCGAGUCCUUGCGCAUGCGCAUAAAUAUGCAGGUCUGCAGACUGUUUUGUACCCUGCAGAUGCACAGACCUGUGGAUCUUGAGAUGGCUGUGAAGAGCCUCGACAAUGCUGUCUACAGAAGCGACGUAGGAGUCAUCGAAGUUCGCUUCGAGGCACCCCAGAUAGGCUGGAUUUGGGCCAACGGCACAGUCAUGAUUGUAAAUGGUGAAAGCAAGGACGUUUUAGCCGAAGCCCUACAGGAUAUAGUGGCAAAGACCAUGGGCAAGGAGAAUUUCCAGCUCGAGCCUGGCCAUAGGCUACUACACUUGCGUCUCUAUUCCGGCGCCGAUUUCCCCUGGAGCGUUGAUGUGCAGGAGUUCAGUAGGGCCCACGCUCUUUCUUGGGAUCUACGUCCCCAUGACAUGAACUUUGUCCACUAUGUGAACCAGAACAUUCCCGGAGUAGCAGCUAGACUCUAUGACUCGGGAACGCUCCAGGUAUUUGCCAUGACCCUGGCUGAAGGAGACGAGAUGCUGAAGCAAGUCUACCUGCUUUCGGACAGUUAUCGAAAGCCCUAA